AUGAGCGAAAUUCGUCAUGAGUUAUGGCGUACAUUCAAGAAAUUGAAUAAAGAGCGACAAGAUGUUCAUGAUUAUCCAUCGCCAGUUGAAGAUAUUAUCGAUCCGGAUCUGUUAGUAUAUCAACCCGAUGGAGUAACACAAAAUUCUAGUGGAUAUUACGAACCAAAGCCGCGGUCUGGAACAAUGGCUGGCUAUGAACGGCUGCCUCUACGUAGUACUUACCGGUGGAUACCGAGUGAAUUUCGUAUUUGUCCUUCUCCUUCCGAUAGCAAUGGUUUAGUUGAAUACAAAGUGCAUAUUGAAACACCAAUCUUACAUUUACCGAUGAAUGAGCAGUAUGAACAGGCAUAUCGAAAUUUGGAGAAAAUAUUUGAAAAACUUGUACCAAUGUUUAAGAAAUUGAAUGUAUUGAAUACUGGUGAAGUUGAUACACGACUACAGGUUAUUGUUAAAGUACAAAGUUAUAAUGUAAAACCAGGUAUAAAAUAUUCGGGUCGCUGGCAUACUGAAGGUUAUAAAGAAAAUAUUGUUGCUGUUGGUGUUUACUAUCUUCACAUUGAUAGAGCUCUUGAAGGUGGUGCGCUCAAAUUUCGUCCUUCAGAAUUACCAUAUGCCGACUAUGGCGGUCCAGGUAGACCUGUAAUAUUAGGCGACGAAGAAGACUGGAGGUUGCGUUAUUCACGGAAUUGUUUUCAAGAAGAUGUCAAUCGUUAUGCAAUGCCAAAAACUGAUACUGCUAUUUCAAAAAAUAAACAAGAAUUACCUGAUUUAUUUAUCGAAAAAAUUCUUGCUUUUCUCAGUUUGUCUCAAAGAAUAUGGCCGACUGAUUUUGGUUCAAAAGAAUUCCGUCGAUGUGUUCGUAGUGAAAUGUGUAAUCAGAAACCAAGUUGGAAAGGUAUUAGUUAUGGAAAUUGGGGUAAUAUUGACUUUAUUAAAUUUGAGCAAGAUAUUCGUGGUGCAAAAAAUGAACAUCUUUUUACAACAUCAACAGAUACAAACGAUACAACAUAA